AUGACACAUACUAGUGGCUUUGUUUUGGUGCAGUGGCUAGUAGCAACCUUGCUCAUUGCCAUGUUAGGUGGUGCCAAAGCUAUUGCUAUAUGUGACACAGAUUCAAGUAAGCUAAGCUCAUGCUAUGCAGCACUUACUGGGAUAUACCCUCCAAAACCAACUGAAAAAUGCUGUGAUGUUGUUAGGCAUUCCAAUUUGCCUUGCCUUUGCGGAUACAAGUCUAUGCUACCUGCAUUUGGAUUGAACCCCACCAAUGCUUUGGCCUUGCCCAGUAAAUGUGGUCUGAAAACACCACCUGAAUGUAGAGGUAAUAGUCUUCUGGCUGAGUAG